AGUUGUGACGAUAUAUUUAUACACAGGGCUUAACUUACAAGUUACAACUCACAACCAUCUUCCCCGCAUAAGAACUAUGGAGCUCACACUUGUAUCCACCAUCUUAUACACAUUCAUAUCGUUUCCAAUCUUAUACAUGUUCACUAAACACUUCCUUAACAAAAUCCGGAACCACCCUCCCACUCCCUUCUUAAAUCUCCCGUUUCUUGGUCACCUAUAUCUUCUUAAGAAACCACUUCACCGGACACUCUCCAAAAUCUCAGCCAAAAGCGGCCCUCUACUCCUCCUUAACUUCGGCUCCCGCCGCGUCCUUCUCGUCUCGUCCCCCUCUGCCGCUGAAGAAUGCUUAAGCAAAAAUGACGUAGUUUUCGCAGACCGUCCACAUUUGCUAGCUGGAAAACAUCUUGGCUACAAUUACACUGCCCUUCACUGGGCCUCGUACGGAGAUCACUGGCGUAAUCUCCGUCGCAUGGUCACUGUGGAAGUGUUUUCAGCCCAUCGGCUGCGAUCUAGUCAGGUUAUUCGAGUUGAGGAGACUCGAAUACUGCUAGAUCGCCUCUUUCGAGCUUCCAGAAGUUCUGGAACUCCUCGAAGCUCGAAAGAGAAUAUUGUCGAUAUGAAAUUGACUUUUUUCGAGAUGACGUUAAAUGUGCUUAUGAGAAUGAUCGCGGGGAAGAGAUAUUACGGGGAGGAUGAUGUGGCGGAUGAGGCCGAGGCGAAGCGGUUUAAGGAGAUUAUAACUGAGUCGUUUGUUAUUGGUGGCGCUUCGAAUUUAGGGGAUUUUUUGCCCCUGAUGAAGUUGGUUGAAAAAAGAGGGAUAGAAAAGAAAAUGAUUGCGUUGAGGAAGAAGAGAGAUGAGUUUGUUCAAGAAUUGAUUGAUCAACAUAGACGACAUAUGGAAGAUGGGAAUGGGGAUGAUACGGCGGAAUCGGGAACGGGAAGGAAGAGCAUGAUCGAACUGUUGUUGUCUCUGCAACAAACUCAACCUGAAUACUACAGUGAUGAGAUUAUCAGAGGUUUAAUACUGGUUCUACUAGGAGCAGGAACUGAUACGACAGUUGUAACCAUGGAGUGGGCUUUGUCUCUCCUGGUAAACAAUCCAGAUGCUCUAAAGAAGGCACAGAUAGAGAUCGACAAUCAUGUGGGACAAGACCGUCUCAUUAAUGAAUCAGAUAUAUCAAACCUGCCUUACCUCCGUUGCAUCAUAGCCGAGACAAUGAGGAUGUACCCUGCUGGCCCUCUACUGCUGCCUCACGAAUCAUCCGUGGACUGCAAGGUAGGAGGUUUCGUCAUCCCCAAAGGCACCAUGCUGAUUGUAAACGUGUGGGCAAUUCAAAAUGACUCAAAACUAUGGGCAGAACCAAGAAGGUUCAUGCCAGAAAGGUUUGAAGGCCUUGAAGGGACCAGAGACGGGUACAAGUUUUUACCGUUUGGCUCGGGAAGAAGAGCCUGUCCAGGGGAAGGUCUGGCAAUGCGGAUGAUGGGGUUAGUUUUGGGGUCACUCCUUCAGUGCUUUGAUUGGGAAAGGAUCGGAAAAGAGUUGGUUGAUAUGACUGAAGGGCCUGGACUUACCAUGCCGAAGCUCCAGCCUUUGGUAGUAAGAUGCCUGCCGCGUGUGACAAUGGCAACCAAACUCAAUCAGAUUUGAACAUAUCAUGGACUUGAGUUAUAAGAUGAAAAAUGUAUGUGAGUUCGGACUUAUAAGCUACUUGUCAUAAGAGGGCCAGACACAUACAGAUAUCUUCAACAUGCCCUGCACAAAUGGUAAGUCUGAAAGAUCAAUUAUGCAUAUCUCAAAGGAACACAUUUUGUUUUGCAACACUUCUUUUAGUAAGUUCUACACUUUUUUUAGUAAGUUUCAGUUUCUUUUAUUUUUUUCUCCGCGAGUAAUACAAUGGACAAUAUUAUUAAUCUGAUGGCUUUUGACUUGAUUUCCUAUCUUUUCUUGAUAUCAAUCUUUUCUGGGGACGGAGAUGCUGGUAAUUUUUCCUAGCUAGGGAGUCCAGGACAAGUGCCAAAAUCUAACAUAGGAGUACCUUUUAUUAUAUUGGGGGUGUUUUUUU